CAGAUUCCAGCUAACACACACACGCACACACACCCGCAAACACACACACACACACACACUCACCCCUUCGUCCUUUAACUGUCACACACUUCCUUCAGGUGUGUGAAGCUGUAGCCGUGGCAGAGAUGCAGGAUGAAACCAACAAACUCAGCUUCUGGAUGCCGGGUAACUAUAUCCGUACAGUGCACAGGACUCAAGAUUCAUUCCAAGCUUGUGAUGCCAUUGUGGACUGUUUUAAAGACCGGGCUCGAGUGGAGAAACACUAUGCUGAACAACUCAGUGAGUGGAGCAACAAGUGGAAAAAAAUAACUGACUCCAGACCUAUGUAUGGUUCCCUCUUGAGGGCAUGGCAGUGUUUUUUCUCCUCCGCUGAGCGUCUGUCCAUUCUGCACACAUCCAUCUCUCACUCCCUUGUUUUGGAGGAUGGACAGCACAUUCGUUCCUGGCAGAAGGAUGCAUUUCAGAGGAAGAUGUUUUGUGGUUUUCGUGAGUCACAUAACCUGAAACGAGAGUUUGCACGUGCUCAGAAGCCCUGGAUCAAAAAACACAAGAAGCUGGAGAAAGCACGGCGGGCCUAUCAUAAAUUGUGUCAGAAGGAGCAGAAUGUGUUGAAUAAAGAAUGUCAGGCCCGAAACAAUGUCAACAAAAAUGGACACACACUCGUCAAGAUCCAGCAGGCCAAGAAGAUUGUGGGACAGGACAGAGAACAUGCACGUGAACACUAUGUGAAGGUUCUGGACGAUCUGAUUGGCUACACGCCACGCUACAUGGAGGACAUGGAGUCAGUGUUUGACCAAUCACAGGAGCAGGAAAGAAGGAGGAUCAGCUUUCUGAAAAACACUCUGCUGUCCAUACACACACAUCUGGACAUCACCAACAACCACAGUGUGAAGGCUGUGUACAGUGACCUGCUACAUGCUCUCAUGUCAAUCAACGAGCAGGAUGAUUUACAAUGGUGGAGAAACAACCAUGGCCCAGGAAUGAACACACAGUGGCCCACACUACAGGAGUGGGUUCCUCCAUGUAAGAAGCAGAAACAUAUAAAGAAACCAAAGCCACAGGUUGAGGAGGGAAAAAGUGUAAUGAUUGGAGGAGUGCGUGUUCGAGCUCUGUACACUUACACUGGGGAGGCUGAGGAUGAGCUGUCAUUCAAAGCAGGCGAAGAGUUUCUGAAGGUGGAGGAUGAAGAUGACCAGGGCUGGUCUCGUGGAGUUAAAGAAGGGGGAGUGGAAGGCUACUAUCCAGCCAAUUAUGUUCUGCCAGUGCAGUGACAUCAUCACUAUGCACUGUUACUGACAUCACAAAGGGGGCAGGGCUUAUGCUGUGGUGUGUGUGAAGGUUGUUAUGGAAACUGUCAAUCAAAAUUGAUCAUUGAGUGCUUCAAUGAGUCUCGGAAGUUUAUUAGCAUCUGUAAACACACACAGAUACACACACACACACACACACACACACACACACACACACACACACACACACACACACACACACACACAGGCGCUAGCAGUAGGUGAUAAUGAACAACAAACUAAUUUAUUAGUGUGAUUUUGUGGUGUUUUAGUGUUAUAAUUUAAACAAAUUAUAUUAAUCUAAAUACACUGAAUCUUGAUUAAUAUUCAUUAGUCAGAAUUAUCAUGAUAUUCAAAAGGGCUCUAAUGAAUUCUACUAUAAAAACCACACACACACACACACACACACACACACACACACACACACACACUCAGAUUAUAAAUUCUCGCUGCCCCCUGUUGGACACAAUGAGCAUUUGAACUUGUGUUAAACUGAAAUAAUGGUGAGAUGUUUCAUACAUUUCUCCUGAAAGUUCUUACAGUGCCUUUACUGUUUUAUUAGUUCUGUUAAAUAAAUAAAGGUCACACUUC